CACCCCUGGUUGUACAAAACAGUGACUCCUAUCCUGGCUGAGGGCAUCAGAUGGCUUACCUUAAUCUGUCCUCUUGAGUGACAUCACCCUCACUCUGCACGUGCUCCUUUACGGGCCGAGGAGUGACAGCGGGUGAGAGGGAGGGAGGGAGGCAGAACGAGAGGUGGUGACCACCGGUGGCUUAGUGAAGGUGACAGAGCUCAACAGUGGGAGACACAUCGAAGGAGAUUCAGCAGGAGGAUCACUCCAUCGAGGUCAUGGCAACAAGCACGGAGGAGGCACACUUGGAGGAGCUGGUGAACCAGGGCCUGAGUGUGGAGGAGGUGGUCCACAGCUUGCUGAGGACAUCCUCGCUGAAGGAGAGCUGCCACAGCGACUCCCUGCUGGCACCAGACACGGAUUUCAUGACAGAUGACCGCAGCUCGGCAGCCAGCGGCCCGGACGUGGCCGAUCGACUCACCUAUCUGGAGCAGAGGAUGCAGAUGCAGGAAGAUGAAAUUCAACUCCUGAAGAAGGCGCUGACGGACGUCCUCAAAAGGCUCAACAUCUCCGAGGACCACCGGGGAACUGCAGCUGCCGUGAGGAAAGCACCAGGAGUCAAGGCGCGGCCAGCGUCUGUCGCGUUGCCCUCCAGAACAUCCAUGGUGACCUCCAGCGUUGCCUCCCUGAAAAAGAGCACUACGAUGCCCUACAGCUGCACAGCCAGGAACUACAGCCCAACACCACUGAAGAGUGCUGUGAAAAGUCCACCGGGCAGUGUGAAGGACAGUCCGUGUAAGACGACCAAACCUCGACCCACGUCUGCAGCCCUGACCUGUAAGAAGCAGCACGAGGGCAACAAGCAGAAGGAUCCCGCAGUCAGUUUAGGGAUCAGGCGUGUGACACACUGCAAAGUGACUAUGCAGAUCUGUCUGAGCCCCCUCGCAAGAAAGACUGGGUCUUCUGAGGGCGCCAAGUCCGGGGCCACAGUGCACAUCGCCAGCAGGCCCGUGGCCACACCAAAGAACCCGCAGGCGAAGGCGAGCUCUAAACCAGACGCAAGAAAAACUACACCGUCUUUCACGUUAAACUUCCAGAAGUCCACAAGCAGCCAGAACAUGACUCUGCAGGACACAUCCAGCAUCAAAAGCCCCAUCAAAUCCCCGAGCCAGUACUUCCAGAUCUGUUACUGAGAUAGAAGGGGAGGCCUCAUCAAAACUAAUUUUUCCCCACAGGAAAGUCAUGCCGCAAAUUCUAAUGUGCUUCCAGAUUUUAGUGGAUAAAUUACAGGACAGAGUUGAUCUUCCUUUCAUCGUGCAAAAUCUGAAAAUCUGGCAGAGAUAUCUACAAAACAACA